CGCGGGCCGUUCGAAAGCGGGCGGCAUGGCGGAGCUGGGCUCGUCGCCGUCGCUGCUGGAGGUGGGCGGCGAGCGGGACGCGGUGGGGAGCCCUCAGCCACCGCUGGCAGGGCAGGCGAAGGGCGACGAGGAGGACCUGAUGCCCAUGGUGUUCCUGUGCGCCGGCUGCAAGCGGCCCGUAGGCGACACGCUGAGCUGGGUGACCAACGACGAGGAGACGGGCUGCGUCCUGCUGCGCAGUGCCUCCGCAAGCGUCUCGGUGGACAAGGACCAGAAGCUGUCCAAGCGGCCCGGCGAGUGCGGAUGCAUGAUUGAGACGUUGUUCUGCUCUGGCUGCUCAAUGACUCUCGGCAACAUCUACAGAUGCACCCCAAAACAUCUUGACUACAAGAGGGAUUUAUUCUGUUUCAGCGUUGACUCGAUUGAAAGUUACAUUUUAGGAUCUUCAGAAAAGCAGGCUUUUGCUGAUGAAGAACCUUUAACACUUGAAAGCCGAGCUGCCUUGAAAGAAGCACUAGAAAGGGCAGACACCGUACUGCAGGCUCUGGAGGCAAGACUGACUGCUGUUGAAUCGAGUAUUGAUUCUCUUCACAAGAAUCUUUGAAAGAAAACUUCCUGCAUCCAAACUAACUGCUGGAGAAGGAUAUGUGUGAAACUUGUCCUUCUAAUACUUUGGAAUCUGUGGGAACACUGUGAAAGAUGAGCAAAGAAAUGAAAGACAGAGGUGGCUCAUGUUGCAGUAGAACAAUACUGACUACAAUUCUUCACCACAGAUGAGGAGUUCCCUCUCCUCUAAAGAGAAUACCCCAGGAAGAGUUUUUAAAUUGUAUAGACUUUUGUUUCAUAUGUAAAUAUUUAAUUUUUUACCUCUGAAGACAAAGCAUUUAUCUCCUAAUUUAGCUGCAAACCUGUAUCUGUUGAACUGGGUUUGUAUCUUUCCUAAACUGAUUAAAAA